AUGCCAGCUCCAGCUCCAGUGUCAGGUGUGCAUAAGUUCCAAGGGAUGCUGGCCAAGUAUAGGGGCAAGAAUGAGCUCAACAAGGAUGAGCUGGAUUUUCUGCUGGGGGUGAAGUUGUCCGAUAUUCCAGAGUGGGCUGCGGCGCUACAGCGCCAUUCUCAGCCACAGGAACAGGGAGUGACAACGUAUCGUCAGGUCAUGAGCAUUGUUUUGGGACAUGAGGGUGCUUGGUUUAACUUCAACUACAGCCAAGCUGCGAAGAGAAGCCUUGUGAAGCUGGCCGGAAAGGACUUUGCCAACAUGUAUGCUUUGAUGUCUUGCUUGCUCUUGUGCGGCUUGGGGCUGGGCACUGUCGUCCGCACAUUGCCGACGGCGGGCGGUGGUCGCCCGAAUUGGUUCUUCUGCAAGAGGGCAGUGGUUGCAAGCAUGGAGUGGGCCCUUGCAGGAUUGGGCGCCCGUCCCGCAGCGGUCGAAGAGGAUUUCGACGAGGCGUGGUUUUCAUUUGGGCGUGGCUCCAGAGCUGUUCUUUGUUUGAAACUCGUGUUAGAAUUGGUUUUGAUUAGUGAGGAGGAGGCGGCGGAGGAGGGGCAUCCGGCUGCUGAGGAGCGCCUCGCAGAACCCAGCUUCGGCGCAUAG